AAGAUAUGAUUGAAAGUAUAGGGAAACCAUAUACAAAAUUCCCUCGAGCCAGAUUUGUAGGAAUCUUUCAAAUGCGCUUACCAUCUAUCAUGAUACGAGAUCCAGAGCUCAUCCGUCAGGUGGCAGUUAAAGAUUUUGACAGUUUCACAAACCAUAGACCAUUUGUCGAUCCUGCUCUAGAACCACUGUUCGGAAGCAGCCUUUUUCUUCUAAAAGAUCAGAAAUGGCGCGACAUGCGAUCUACCCUCAGUCCAGCUUUUACUGGGAGCAAGAUGCGACUAAUGUACGAAUUUAUUAUUGAGUGCGCAGAACAAUUGACUGAUCAUUUACAUGAGGAAGUUGAGAAAAAAGGUACUUUGGAUCUAGAAGUAAAAGAGCUCGUCACAAAGUAUGCAAAUGAUGUCAUAGCUUCUUCUGCAUUUGGGAUUAAGGUAGACACUUUAAAAGAUCCUGAUAAUAUAUUUUACAAAAUGGGAAGAAAAGUUAGCAAUUUCUCGGGAUUUUGGGUCAGCUUGAAAUUUUUUGCCUUCUUGCUGAUACCUCACAUCAUGAGGGUUCUCAGAAUAACUUUACUGGAUCAAGAUUGUGGCAAAUUCUUCCGCACUUUGGUGCACGAUACUAUGGAUGAGAGAGAAAAGAAAGGAAUUGUUCGUCCUGAUAUGAUUAAUUUGCUUAUGCAAGCCAAAAAAGGAGGUUUGAAACAUGAAGCUGAUGUAGAUGAAUCUUCAGGUUUUGCCACUGUUACUGAAUCUUCAAUCACCAAAUCAUCUACCCAUAAAAGAGUUUGGUCAGACGAUGAGAUUACUGGUCAAGCAAUGAUCUUCUUCUUGGCUGGUUUCGAAUCAAUUUCUACAUCAAUCUGCUUUGUUGCAUACGAAUUAGCAAUAAAUCCAGAAGUUCAGAAAACUCUGCAAGAUGAAAUAGAUGCAGUUUGCGUUGAAUUGGAACAAUCUAAUCAAAAACUAGUAGAUUAUGAAAGAUUGCAUAAGAUGAAAUACUUGGAUAUGGUCAUAUCAGAGGGCUUAAGAAAAUGGCCAGCAGCACCAUUCACUGACAGAGUUUGCAAUAAUGGAUACACUUUGGAGGAUUAUGAAGGAAACAAAUUUGAGGUGAAGAAAGGAGAAGCUCUAAUGAUUCCAAUAUAUAACAUACAUCACGAUGAACAAUAUUAUGAAAAUCCGCAUAAAUUUGAUCCAGAAAGAUUCAGUGAAGAUAACAAACAAAAUAUAAAACCUUUUACAUACAUGCCUUUUGGAGUAGGACCCAGGAAUUGCAUAGGAUCAAGAUUUGCUCUCAUGGAAAUGAAAGCACUGCUUUUCAAUAUUUUGAAAGAAUUCGACAUCGUACCUUCCGAAAAAACUCAAAUUCCAUUAAAGUUGUCGAGGAAUUCAAUUCAAAUGAGACCCGAAAAAGGCUUUUGGAUGAAGUUGAAGCCACGAAAAUCCAGGAAUUUUAAAGAUGUCGGAUCUCAAGAAAUAACAUUUAAUCAAUCAGAAGAGUUCCGCGAUUGUCGGCAACGUUCGCUCAGCCACAGCAUGAUAGCUUUAAUAUUAUUAGGAGCUAUUUUACUUUGGCGCUUAUACAAAUAUGGAACUUGGAACUACGACAGAUUCAAGGGCACGGUUGUUCCUUAUUUAAAACCAGUGCCCUUUAUAGGAAAUUCUUUAAAAUUCAUUUUAAGACAAGAAGAUAUGAUUGAGAGCAUGGGAAGGUCAUACAUAGCGUUUCCAAAUCACAGAUUUGUAGGAAACUUUCAAAUGGGCUUACCUUCAGUUUUAUUGCGAGAUCCUGAACUAAUUCGUCAAGUAGCCGUCAAAGAUUUCGACAAUUUUCCAAACCAUCGUGUUUUCUUCGACCCAGCAGCAGAACCAUUAUUUGGAAGCAGCCUCUUUGCUCUGCAAGAUCAGAAAUGGCGUGACAUGCGAGCUACCCUCAGUCCAGCUUUUACUGGAAGCAAAAUGCGACUCAUGUACGAAUUUAUUAUUGAGUGUGCACAACAGUUGACUGAUCAUUUACAUGAGGAAGUUAGUAAAAAAGGUAAGUGUACUUUGGAUUUAGAAAUUAAGGAUCUCGUCACAAGAUAUGCUAAUGACGUUAUAGCAACCUCUGCAUUUGGAAUUAAAGUUGAUACUCUGAAAGAUCCUGACAAUGAAUUUUAUAGAAUGGGUAAAAAAGUAACCAACUUUUCUGGAGUAUUAGUGAACUUGAAAUUUGCCGCCUUUUUGAUGAUGCCCCAAGUUAUGAAGUUUUUCAAAAUAACUUUACUCAAUCAAGAAUGCGGCCAAUUCUUCCGCAUAACAAUGAGAGAAAAACAAGGAAUUGUUCGUCCUGAUAUGAUUCAUUUACUUAUGCAAGCCAGAAGAGGAGCGUUGAAGCACGAUGCAGGAGCAGAUGCAACUCAGGACACAGGUUUUGCCACAGUUACUGAAUCUUCAAUAACAAAAACACCAACUCCAAAAAGAGCCUGGUCAAAUGACGAGAUAACUGGUCAAGCAUUGCUUUUCUUCUUGGCUGGUUUCGAAUCAAUUUCUGCAUCAACUUGUUUCAUUGCGUACGAAUUAGCAAUAAAUCCAGAUGUUCAGAAAACACUGCAAGACGAAAUAGAUGAAGUUUGUGAAGAUUUGGAACAAUCCAAUCAAAAACUAGUAGAUUAUGAAAGAUUGCAUAAGAUGAAGUACUUGGAUAUGGUCGUAUCAGAGGGCUUAAGAAAAUGGCCAGCAGCUCCAUUCACUGACAGAGUUUGCGUUAAUGGAUACUCUUUGGAAGAUUAUGAAGGAAAUAAGUUUGAGGUAAAGAAAGGAGAAGCUGUGCUGUUUCCAAUAUACAAUAUACAUCAUGACGAGAAAUAUUAUGACAAUCCACACAAAUUUGAUCCAAGCAGAUUUAGUGAAGAAAACAAAAACAAUAUCAAACCGUUUACAUACAUGCCUUUUGGUGUAGGACCUAGAAACUGCAUAGGUUCAAGAUUCGCUCUGAUGGAAAUGAAAACAUUGCUCUUCAACAUUUUGAAAGAAUUUGACAUAGUGCCUUCUGAAAAAACACAAAUUCCAUUAAAACUGGCGAAAGGCUUGAUGCAAAUGAAACCAGAGAAGGGCUUUUGGGUGAAAUUGCAGCCACGAAAAACGAUAAAAUAAAUACGAUAGAU